ACGUGCAACCGUUGUCCGAAGCGGAAGAUUUUAAUCGGAACUCGCGAUAUGUGGUCGGGAUAUUUUUUCUUCUUCUAACCCUCUACUGGCAGGUGAAUUAACAUAACUUAGGCCUUCCCGUGGGGAGUGUUCGGUUCUCCGGGACGCGGUCUGUCUCGGGGACGGGUUCAUCGUAGCCGUCGGUAUGUGCACCGGUGCCUGCCGUCGCAGUGUAGUGCCUGGUGCAGGAUUGAAUCAGUCUAGUCUGAACCAGCAGCAGCAAGCGUUUGAGCGGAAGGAGAUAGAAACAAUGAAGUUCUACCUGAGUUGGGUGAACAAUACAAUAAGGUGAGGGGACACCCUUCCUGGUCGUGGUCGAUGAUUGUACUCCUGGAGUGUGUUUUUGUGCUAGUGCUGUCGGGUGGAAAAGAAGGAUAAUUUACAUGGGCUCGUCGUCAGGUUGCGGGUUAGGGGAAGCUCGGAAGUCCGACGGGACAAGUGAUGGAGACGCACAAAUGUUUACAUAGGCAACUUUCGAUACCUCCCACGGCUUCGGGGAGUGGUGUCGGUGAUCGAUAUUCCGCCGCGGAGAAACAGUGAAGAAUUCGCUCCUCACCUGGUCUAGCUGGAAGUAGGUUCCAUCAUCAUCAUCAUCAUCAUCAUCGAAUAACCGAGCAUACUUAAUACUGUCCAAACUAGCGUCAGAGUGAUCCGGUUUCGUGGGCGCCGUUGGCGCGCGCGUUCGCAAAUCAUAAUGAACCCGAGCCCAACCACCGCCGGCCGGUGGACUGUGGGCAGCUGUGUUUUCUCCCAAAUUGACAUUGAUAGUGCAAGACGUAAAACUUGACCACAAUCCGAGAGCGGUAGAGCAGUUUAGGUUAUAAUUAGAAAUCCGAGGAAAAUACAGAAGUAGAGGAAGAGAACGAAGAAACACUUUUCGGCCUGCCGUCGUACAUUGUUUAGCAUUUUGGGGCUGACACAAUGCCAAAGUGCGGUCGAGAGAAAAAAAAAAUGGCAUGCUAUGAUUAUGACGUACGUGUGUGGUUCGUAAUUUUCGCUAGCUAAGAAAAAUUGAUAAUACAUCGAGCAAACAUCCGGAGAUAGUUGCCUGGCAGCGAAGUUCUUUUCUUUCGUGUGUCGUGGUAGGAUAAUUGUAAGGAAGAAUAGUUCGCGGGUGAACAGUGAACGUGUCGGUGCGGUGGGAAGAAGAACCACUUGUUGUGCGACACACGUGGCAGAUGGGGACCUCUGCUCUAGAAAGACUACAUCCUGGGACGCAAUGCUGUAAGAAAACCGCAGGAUUAUCUGUAAAUUUAUGCAAUAACUUCCGAUAGUCACAAGUCUGUGCGUAUCCUCAUCGAUGGAAGGUCCAGGAGUGACAAAUUAAUUGGUGAAUCUAGCGAAGAAUGGUGCCGUUGCCGAUGGCCCCAACAAGUACGAUAAUGUUAGCCUACUGUGGCAUGAAAAAUAUCGAAGAAAAAGUAAUCGCUGAAAACUGCAAAUUUCAUCCCAGUUGGCGGGAAAAAAGGUGCUAAGCAAAGGGUGAAAAUUAAUUACACAGUGCUUUGUGAUCGCGCGGGUUUCAUUUCAACUCGGCGACGGCUGUAUAGCAUCGAGUCGGGCAGGUGAUUGAUCGGGAGUGAUUUCGACAUCGGAACGUAAAUAUUGUUAGUUUGUGGGUGGGUGGGAAAAAAGUUUAAGGAACCUGUGCGUAACAGGUGCGGUUCGCCCGAAGCGUCCUGCUGCUGUUUGUUGUUGUUCUGUGCGUGUUGUGCUGGAAGAGAGGAAAAUUGCUCAAUAUAAAUUCGGGAAAUUCGUGCAUUGGCAAGUCGCGUGACCGACAGGGCGCCCGGGGGGUGUGUGUUUGUGUUUGCAGGUCGGGCGGGGGCAGGUGAUUGUACCGAAAUUGCCACUGAAUAAUUCAUACCAAUAAUUUGUGGCUGAUCGAGUGUCAACGGCAGAACCGAUUCACCUAGCAGAACGUCGGUGGUUCGAUUGGUUGCGGCUGACUGGCGAGCGGUGUUGAGGGUCCGAGGGUGAGACCUUCGAAAAAUGCUUCUGAAUUAUUUGCUAAAGUUAUGGUGAUGCAGACGACAAAUAUAUUGCAGCAAGGACAGCCUCCACCGCCGCGAAGAACUAGCCAAGUCAGAAUUAACCGUAGCAGGAGAAGAAGAAGUAAAACCCAGCACCGAACAGAACUGACAGAUCGGUGGACGUGGACAUCCACGGUUGGUGGCCACGUCGUUGCUCGCGUGGAACAAUGGCCGAUAAUUUGCAAAGGUCAGCGCGAUCAUCACUCUAGCCCAGUUGGACCUUCGUCUAGGCCAUCGUCGCUACAACAGCAGUUGUCGCGAACCGGUCGGCUACGAGGGAAUAGCGAUUCGCAUUGUUCCCGUUCGGCACUAUGCACCGCCUGCGGAACACUUUCACUAGGUCACGGACCCCGACUGGUGCGGAGAUGAAAACGCAGAGCAGUCUCGAAGUGCCCAAACAAGUUCGCUCAGCAUCAUUUGACGAAAUUCAACUCGAAGCACAACGCGCUAAUCAGUUCCUCAAAGUACAGCAAAGCUCAACGGACGACUCGUCCUCUGGUCAGUUACUGCAAGUACCGCAGAGCAGCGGACAACGCUCUCGUAGUUUUGACCUAACCGGUGCAGUCGAAGAUUCCCAGGCAGCCGUAGCUGCUGCCUUCCUGGAUGUGCCAAAGCGCUUCCAACGGCGCAAAUCAAGCUCAAAAACACCACCCCCGUGCAUCCAUUGUCUGUAUUUGGAGGAGUACCGCCGGAUAACGGGAGUCGACCAGCGCCAGUACUACGACAGUGGAGAAUAUCAAACGUUCAGCUAUAGUUCGUCCUCGUCCAGCAGUGACGGAGAAGACGAUAACGAAGAAGAAGAAGAAGACUACGACGAUCAGAAUUACGGGUUCAGUUACGACGUAACAUGCAGCAAUACUUUGCUACCCCCUCCAAUCGUAUCACCGUGUGGGAUUACCUUCACCCUCUCACCAACCAACGGAGAUGACCCGGAAGACGAGCUCGGAGAUCUGGCGACACUGGAGGUUGACCCGAUGGGUCCCGUCCUGCCGCCACCUCCGAUGUUCGACACUAGCUAUCCGACGCUUCCACUGCUUCCAAUCGGUUCGCCACCACCGAUAACACCACUCAGCUCCGUGUUCCCUCCUCCGUCCCCGACGAUCCAAGUGCCUCCCAGUUCACCCGUGGUGGACGAGCCCAGUGUAGACGGUAUACCAACGCGUACCCGUCGCCGAUCAAUUUCCCGCCAGGAAGCGAUUUUCGUAGAACCAACGGGUAGCUCGCUGGAAAAUGUAUCCUCUACCGAGCUCUCGAAGGACAUCCACAUCAUCGUACCUCCCGACGACGACGAUGCCUGCUCAAAACCGUCGCUCUCGUCCGACGAACUCGUCGAUGACAACGAAGAUACACCGCAACACCAACCGGAAAGAAUCGCCGUCGCACCAGCUGCGUCUGACUUUGUACAGGACAUCUUUCUGCAGGUACCGGACCUGAAGCGGGACCGGGCCGCUUCGGUGGACAGCUGUUUCACCAAGGUGACCGGUGCGAAAACCGAAGAACUGAAACCACCGGAAGGGGAGCUGACACUGCUGGCGGUACCCGGAAGCGGUGCGAUACGAUCCCGCUCGGUGGAUAUUGUGCUACCGACCGAGGAACAGGCACGCUACAAAGCGUUAGCCCUCACGGGAGCGGCCGGCACCGGUGCGGUUAGUCUCGGCGCGAGAGGAUUUUUUUCACUGUUUUCACCAAAAACCAGUGCCGAUUCCCACGGACGUCAGAUCAGGUGUACCCCGGAUUGGAGCGAGAAUGCAGUGUCCGGAGACCACCUCUGGGUGACUACGUCGGUGUCCGGCGAUUGCUGCUACCUAGGCGAUAGCGAAUGCACGAAACACGGCCCCAGGAUGAAGUGCGCCGCGUGCAAGAUUAUCGCCCACGCCAGCUGCAUCCCGGCGCUAAUGGAACGGGCCCAGCUGCAGUGCAAACCGACCUUUCGGGAUGUGGGUGUCCGGCAGUACCGGGAGCAGACCAAGACAACCCACCACUGGAUCCACCGGCGGACCGAGAAGGGCAAGUGCAAACAGUGUGGAAAGUCCCUACAGGCGAAGCUCUCGUUUAGCUCUAAGGAAAUUGUUGCUUUAUCAUGUGCCUGGUGUAAAUCAUCAUAUCAUAACAAGGAAGCAUGCUUCAACCCGGAACGGAUCGGCGAGGAGUGUACGCUGGGUGCCCACCGCGGUAUCGUGGUACCCCCGUCCUGGAUUGUGAAGCUACCGCGGAAGGGUAGCUUCAAGUCGUCCCUGCGGAAAACACCCCAGAAGAAAAAGAAGACUGGCAAAAAGGCGACCGUAACGAAGGAACCGCGGACCUUUGUGAUCAAACCCAUUCCGACGGCGAAUCUCACCCCGGUGCUGGUGUUUAUCAAUCCGAAAUCCGGCGGGAAUCAGGGUGCUAAGCUGCUCCAGAAGUUCCAGUGGUUGCUCAAUCCUCGACAGGUGUUCGAUCUGACGCAAGGUGGACCGAAAAUGGGUUUGGAAUUGUUCCGCAAAGUACCGCAGCUGCGGGUGCUGGCCUGCGGUGGAGAUGGAACUGUCGGCUGGGUUCUCUCGGUGCUGGAUCAGAUCAACUUUGUGCCUCCGCCGGCGGUUGGCGUGCUACCGCUCGGAACCGGUAACGAUCUGGCUCGGGCACUUGGAUGGGGUGGUGGCUACACGGACGAACCGAUCGGCAAAAUACUGGGCAACAUUGGUAAUUCCGACACCGUUUUGCUGGACCGAUGGAGCCUGAAGGUGGACCCGAACCCGGACGUACCGAACGCAGACGACGGCAAGGACAACCUGCCGCUGAAUGUGGUGAACAACUACUUCUCGCUCGGUGUCGAUGCCCACAUAGCGCUGGAAUUUCACGAAGCUAGAGAGGCUCACCCGGAAAAGUUCAACUCUCGGUUGCGGAACAAAAUGUUCUACGGUCAGGCCGGCGGGAAGGAUCUACUGAAGCGCAAGUGGAAGGGACUGGCCGAGUUUGUGACGCUGGAGUGCGACGGGAAGGACGUGACGUCGAAGCUGAAGGAGCACAAGGUGCAUGCGAUAGUAUUUCUCAACAUUCCAAGCUACGGUGGGGGAACCCACCCGUGGAACAAAUCCGGCGGCCAGUUCGAACCGGCCACCGACGACGGGCUGAUCGAGGUGGUCGGGCUUACCACCUACCAACUUCCGCUGCUGCAGGCCGGUGGCCACGGGACGUGCAUUGCCCAAUGCAAAUCGGCAAAGGUCGUCACCUCCAAGACCAUCCCGAUGCAGGUGGACGGUGAAGCGUGCAAGCUGAAACCGUCCACCAUCGAAAUGACACUACUGAACAAGGCUGUGAUGUUGGCGAAACGGAAGCCCGGUCGAGCUAACGUGCCACAAGAAAAACUCGAAUCUCUCAACAUAACCCUGCUGAAGAUCAUGAUGGCCGAUUACGAGCAGCAUCACUACGACAAGGACCUGCUGAAGCAGUCGGCGGUCAAUCUGGGCACGCUGGAUGUGCCAGUCACCGAUCUCGAGCAGGCCCGAGUCCUAAUUAACAAGUACUGCGAGGAGCAACCGGACAGUCCCAAACUGUCACCGGAUUGGUGCUUUAUCGAUUCUUGUACAGCGGAACGAUUCUUCCGCAUCGACCGGGCGCAAGAGAAUCUCCACUUCAUCACCGACAUCGCCACGGAUUGUAUUUUCUUGCUGGAUCAGGAAUGUCCCACGCUACCCCAAACACCGGAGGACGAGAGUGGUAGCCAUCAUCCGAGCGGAUCCGCCCUGCCACAUCAUCUCAGCAGUCUGGAGUCGAGUGAUUCCCGGGAUGGGACGCCCCAGUCGCCAGGCGUGAAGUUUUUCAACCGGUCUCUUUCGGGACCGGGUUCGGGCACGCUUUCGCCUGCCCUCGACAUUCCAUCGAGAAAAAGUUCUCAAGGCUCACAGGGUUCGCACGGUUCCCAUGGAUCUCACGGGAGUCCGCAGAAUAUUACCAGCGGAGCGGGCUCCGAUAGAAAGGGUACGGGCACCCUAGGCAAUGGUCAGAGCCUCGAUCAACUAGUCAACUUCCGAAGCUUCCACGAGCGAUUGUUCGGCUUGAACGAAGAUGCGUUCGGAUUCAGCAAUCUGCUCGAGAAGACAACGGAUGCGGUCAUUAAGGCCGCCAAAACGGGUGAUUUAGUGCUGCUGAAGGACCUUCACCAGCAGGGCUACUCGCUGCUGUCGAUCGAUUCGAGCGGCCAAACUGCGCUCCAUCAUGCGGCUCGCUGCGGUCAUAAGGAUAUUGUGCGUUAUCUGAUCUCGUAUGCGCCCAACUCCAUCGUCAACAUGAUUGAUAACGAAACCGGCCAAACGGCUCUCCACAAGGCAGCCAACAGUAAACGGCGCAGCAUCUGCUACAUGCUUGUAGCGGCCGGUGCAAGCCUCAUCAUCCAGGACAACAACGGACGAACGGCCCGGCUGUUGGCACUGGAAGCCGAAGAUCGGGAGCUGGCGGCCUAUCUCGAGAAUCAAGAACAGUUCCAACUCGUCGAUUACCAGUCAAGUUCGUGAUCUGGCACCGUUAAGCAACAGUGUUUCUUCUCCUAGCUUCGUCGGAUGUCCAACACACCAAGGAACAAACGCAUGUAAAAAAAACAAACAUCGAUACUUUGCUGCCUCAAAACACAAAGAAAAAAAAACACCUUAGGCAACGACUGUUUCUGGACGGAAGGCAACCACCGUCGUCGGGUUCAUUGUUAUUUAUUACUACUCUUUAGCUACUAUUAUACGCUUAGUGUUAAUGAAGGUUUAAGUUUACCACACUACAAAAUUGUUACCCCCUGUUACAGCGACGCGAAAUUUAUCGUGACUCUAUCGCUGCUGCGUGUAAGAUAUGUAUCUGUUUUGCUGAAAUAAUGGGAAACAAAUUCUAAUUUAUUACUGUUUUUGCUGGGUCUCGCUUCUCGCAUAGCGCACCGAAGCUUAAAUUAAGGCAAUCCCCUCUAGUCAAAAGAUUUUAACAAAUGGUUUAACAUUAAUUAAUGCUCCUCGUUUUGCACACUGAGAUACGCAUUUUUUCUGCACUGCUGGAGGCAGGGAUGGAAACCCACCACGCACCGCCGGGUUCGGGUUCAGGAUAAAAGUGAUAUAAAUCAGAACGUACUAACCUAAUCAAAGUUCCAUCCACCCCCGAGCCCGAUCACACUUGACUCGAUCGGUGGACGAAUGCUCAUUAGUGCAUUCACUGGAACCGGAACAAGUGAUUUUCAAUCGAAUCUAGAGAGAGAGAGAGAGAAAAUUGAAUCUCAAACAAAGACGACCAAUGAAGCGGAAACUAUAGAAGAAAAAUGUUGAAAAUUAAUCAUUGAUGCCGGAAAAAAUGAGUAUAAAAUAUGGCUCUGAAGGAGGCUCAGCUUGAACGGAUCGUACCCCGGGACUUGUCACAGCGUUUUCCACAUUUUGCCCCGGCGCCGCCAGAAGACGCAGGUUGGAACAAUUUAUUUCCUUUCGUCUAAUCGUCGUUGAUUGCUAGACGCGUUAUUAAUCAUCUAAAUUUUGCUAGGAUUUGUCCAACCUAACGCUUGUCGGCGCAAUUCGUUGGCUCAGUUUCCCGACAGUCAGUUCGAUGGGGGAAUUGCCGCCAAUUAGACUACAAACCUCACAUAAACAUAUCAAAAAACGCUUGUUCCAAAAAACACCGCCCACCCUUUCCCUUCCCAGUACAAUUAGAGACCAAGGAACGUUCCUCUCGCCGCCGCAUGGUCAUUUUUCAUUGCUUUUUUCCAAACGUUAGAUAGCCCAUUCAAAGUUCGAGUCGUAGAAAUAAAAAAACAGAGAUAACAAAAAACAACAGAGUAGUUAGUAUUUUUGCAAAGUUUAUCAGAUAAAAAUAAUAAUAAAAAAGUGUAAAUAGGUAUCUCUUCUUCCAAACAAUAACGAACACGGUUGGAAAUCCAAUGUUACUGUAUAAUCGAAUAAUAACAACAACAACAUCAACAAAAGACUUUUGACCAUCGGACGGAGAUAGUAAAACUUGUAAAUUUAGCCAAAGUCGUUAUUUCUAAUCUCAAACAACAAAAAAAUGGAGGCUCAUCUCGUUCAAAUGAUAUGGUAAAACCCCGCACGGUAUGCAAUAGGAUAAUAAUAAGCGCGCGAGCCUAGGCUUCUGUUUCUUUUUCUUUCUUUGAGAAACCACGUGGUUUUUCAACUCGCGGACGUAGAAGGCUGCGAAUAACAGGGUUUGUUUUUUCGUUACCAAGAUAGAAACGUUCCGUGCGUUCGCGUGAGUGAUUAAAACAAAGCAGGCAUGUGUCGUACAGAGCUGUCACCGACUCCGACGACGACGAAUCAGUUUAGAAGUUUUCUUUUCCAAUUCAUUCAAGUUAUUUCUGAUCAAUGUCCCUCAGCCACGUGUAAAUCGAACGAAACUAUGGUGCCCUUACCGAAACCGGAAGCAGCAGUCAGCUUCAGUUUUCAGUUUUUCCUUUCUAGUCAGUGGUGCGGUAGUGACACCGAAUACUGUUUAACACAAGUGAUUCUAUGCUAGUUCUUUGAAGGAUAAAACGUAAACUUUAGUUACGCGGACGGAUGUAACCCGUGAAAACUGAUGUCAAUUAUUAAAUUAAAUGGUAAGGUAAGCGACAGUUGUAUAAAGAUCUUUGAAAACUCAAUCUCUACGGUAGACUAGCAGAAUAUAAAUCAAUAAAAAACACUGAAAUAAGAUACAAUGAGAAGCAUUACCGAAAUACUUGAAAUGUGAUUUUUCUGUGAAACAAAUUAAUUAGAAGGAUGUCGUUAACUAAAACUUUGUACAUUUACGCGGUUGCGAGUAUAGGAAUUUCUCGAUCGUAGAUUGUAAGAUCAUGUAAAAAGACAUUUCCCCCGUGGGGUUCCUUUUUCUUUCUAACCUUCCCGUCGACCGUUCGCCUGGAGGUCGUUUGUACAGUUGUAAAAAGUUGAAAAAAAUGAGCUCUCCAUCCUUUCCGAGAGUGCGCCUCGUACUGCCGGAAAGGGCGGACUUUGCGACCUUCUCCAAACACGGCUGCGGCAAUCCGAGAAGGCGUGAUCGAAAAGGGCAACAAAAGGGCCCCGGUUAGAUUUUUCUACUCUACCCAAUCGACCCAGCAAGGGAAAAUGGCUUGAUGGAAAGUCUUCGUGCCCCUAGACUUUGCAUUCGAACUAUUUUCCGCACAACAUGGCUUGGAUCUUUUUUCCUCCUUCCAGCAACUCUGGAAGCCGGUGUAAAGGUCCAAAGCAUCGCAAGGACCAAUUUGAGACAGUGUCAAAACCCUCGCAAACAAACAUUAAACUGUACCGUAUUUUCGAAAGCAAACAGAACUGCAACUGACGAAGCGGAAAGCUACCAUUCUCAAUGCUUCCCUUUACCGUCAAAGUUUUAGACUAUAAGAGACAACGUGUGAUAAUAGCGGAGCGUUUAACUGUAAAUAGUAAUCGGAUUUUUUCUCAAUAGAAGCUAAAGACAAUCGUACGCCGACUGUUGGUCGGAACCUACCUUUGACCCAAUCCUGUUCCCUUCCCCGUUUCCCAAGCGGUUGAAUCGAAACCCUAUAGCCAUCGCAAGUAGUCAGGUAAACCAGCUGACAAGUCUGUGGACGAUCCGGGACGAACUGGGAACCCAUUGCCACGAUAAUUCCUAACAUGACUUCAAAAAAUAAUAAAACAAAUUGUGAUCUACUAGAUGUGUAAACUUUUCUCAAUAUGAAACACAAACGUAAAUCAAAAUUAAUCGACCGCCACUGUACAUAUAGGCCCUGUUAGUGACCAUCAGCAAAUUUGUUGCACGUUUUUUGAAUAAUACCAUCCCCACAGUCACACAAAAGGGUCAAAAAAAUAGCAAAUAAUACUCGUCGAGUUUGUUCACUUUUUUCGCGCAACAGGCACACACUUACUCUCGCCUUCAAAUGUCACCACUACUAACUGCACGGGAAGCUAAUAAUCUAUAACACAACAAGUAGAAAAGCUACGAUUGAGGAGAAGGUUUGAGCAACUACUGUAAAGAGCUAAGGUGAAGGGUCCAAAACUGUAGUUAAAAAAAAAACACAAGCAAACGAAAACCAACAUUGGAACAAACUCCACGGUGUAGUUUCAGAGUGGAGAAAAGCAGCUACCUUUAAUAAUACCACAGUUAGUAUCACCAUAUUGGAAGUUUAAACUAGUUAAUGAAACAAAAGUUCCCGCAUUGAACCCCACACGUUUGCAAAACGAAACGAAAAUCAACAAACAACCCUAUUUUUUCUAAGUGACUAAUUUAACAGAACCAACACGUAUGAAAGUACAUUCUUUUGAUAAAACUCCCUUACAAAGCAUGGAUUUGUGUCCAUUUGAUGAGCUCUAUUUUCUGUUGCAAUGAAACAGAAUCUAACAAAGAAAGAAGAUAUGACACACUAUUUUUAGACAAUUAACGGCAACAAUUUGAUCCACCUUAAACCAAAAAAAAAAACCGGCCGAAUAUCGGUCGGAUAUUUUUCGAUUCAAGAGCACAGAAAUAGUAUCGAUAUGUAAAACACAAAAUACACAACCGUAACCACGUAACUUACACCUACACCUAACACUCACUCACGAUUUGCGUGAAAAUUAACACAUUAUUGGCAUCGGAUUGUAGUUGGAACUGAUAGCGAGAUGUUUUAUUCGGAUAGGUUGUAAAAUUUCGUUUCUGACGUUGGAUAUAGCUGGCAAAUGGAUUGGUUGGAAAAUCGUGGCUUGCUUCCAUCUGGAUGUCCAGUAGGUUGUUGUUUAGGCCGGUAUCCUUCUAUGGUUGUCGUUUACUCAGAUUCCAUGCAUUUGUUUUAAUUUUAAACAAGAAUUGGAAUCCCAGGUGCGCUUCUGUUCACAAAUCUUGGAAUUUUCUGAAAAGAAACAAGGUUAGCAAGUAUUAAGAUUAUAUUCUUUUCGAGAGGUAAUUGGUUUAUCAAAAAACAUACCAAUUGAUAGUGCGGAAAAUAGGUUGAUUUCGGACUUUCAAAUUAGACUUUCAUAGUUUCGAUAAAUUUUCCAGCGAAUCAAGUUGAAAAUUGUCCACCAAGGCAAAAAAAAAUUACAGCCCUGUCCAAUUUAGUUUAACAUCUGAAAGAUGUCUGAGAACUGAUUUCUUCACUCUCACUUAACUUUUAAACCAGGUUUAACUCACCAGUAUAUCUGAUUUAAAAAAUAAGCGAGUGUGAAGAAGUCGACCCUUCAACUUUUCACCGCUUCUAAACUUUCAAAUUUGAAUGCUUUAUAUUUCUGCCGGUUCCAAACUGCCUAUCCGGUGUACCAUUAACCAACAUCGAAUGCUCUCACCUUUGUUCUGCAGGUGGCGUAUAACGUGAGACAACAUUUCUUUGCACACGACUUUCCUCUCCAACUUAGACCAAAUCGAUUUGAGUGACGUGAUAAUGAAAGCAAAAAGAAUCUCACAACACCCGACUCGACUCUCAUAAUCAGUUAAGGAAAUUCAUGUGUCGUCUCACAUCCACCAUAGAAUAACGGUGUUCAGCAGUACUUGUCCAUAGGACACAAACCCUUUCGCAACACACUUUCACCGCACACGAACAAAAAAAACAAUCACACAACUAACGCUGAUGGAUACGAUUUAUAAACGAAACGCUUCUUCCGACCGGAAGGCCAUCCUGUUACGGCACCGGUAUUCAUCUCUCGCCAUCCAACGGACAGAGAGAAAAUUCAAACAUCUGUAGUUGCUACAACUUUUAUCGUAAACAUUCCAAUUCUAUUAAGAAUAAUCUGUUAGUUGUUAAAGAUUUUUUUUAACUUAUUCAAAACUGUUGUACAGAACUAAAAAAUAAAAUAUCGUUUGGUUGCUUCGAACACCGAUAGUAAACAUCUUAGGCAAUACUAUUUAUUUACAAUACUAUAGUGUACUUUAUCUCUAGGUGAAUGAUCACAGGAACACCCACCCAAACACAUACACACACAGGCAGACUACACAAACACUACACACAGUCACACUAAAGCCUUUUGAGGAGAAUUUUCCAAUACUACUUAAAUGUAAGUUAGAAAACUAUUAAUCUAGUAAAGCUAGUUUGAAGUCAGAAUAGUAAGCACCCUGUACCUUACGGCUGAAGAUUACUCACCAAAAAAAAAUCCAAUAUUUCUUUUUUCGUAAACAACAUAUUUCUUAUCAAAAGUUUAAAACAAUUCAAACCGCAAAUAAACCACCAACAAUUUAGGAUUUGACCGCAAAUACACACACGCAGUCAUCAGUAAAAUUCUUUCGCAUCUCACACAUAGACAGAAGGCAGCCUACAGAAAAGAAAAAAAACUAGUAACUAAAACAAGUGGAUUGAAAAGUGCAAACAAAGGCACCAGGCCGAAGUUGGAAUUUAAGGCUAAACAAAUAAAAACAAACCAUUAAACUCUUGAAUCUCACUAAUCGA